AUGAGCUCUCGGCAAAUUCUAACGAAAUUCGGAGUUAUCGACGCUCUCCGAAAUGGAUCAGAGAAAUCAGCGGCAAUGCUCUGGGUACCGGGCUUUUUGGGUACAAUGAACGGAGUCAAAGCGGAGGCGAUUGAAAAAUGGAAUAGAAAUGUGUUUUCUCAAACGCUCUGGCGUUUCAACUAUUCUGGAAUAGGGCAUUCAACAGAAAAUAAUGAUCCAUCGAAAGAUCAUAUCCCAAAGACUUUUCUCAAAGGAGUCGAAGGAAGUUGGCUAGAAGACAUUGAUCUGAAUAAUAUCGAAUCCAUUCCCAUGCAUGUCCUGCAUCCAGAACUCGACGAUAUUUGUCCAUUAGCUGGAUCAGAAAAACUGAAAGAGAAGACAGGCUGUACGCUGGAAAUCUUACCAGGGGCGACUCACUAA